AUGCGGGUCACUGAUGUAUUGUUUUCUCUUGCACUGGCAUCUGUCCAUACCCAGGCUGUUAUUGCAAGAGCCUUGAGUGGGAAGCCAGCGGACUUCAUAAUCGCCGAUAAACGGGCUCCGCUUCAAGAUGUGGUCACUUGGGAUGAGCAUUCCCUCUUCGUCCAUGGCGAGCGAGUGAUAUUCUGGGGUGGUGAAUUUCACCCUUUUCGUCUUCCUGUGCCAGGUCUUUGGCUAGAUAUCUUCCAAAAGAUCCGGGCUCUCGGUUACAACGGAGUUUCUUUGUAUUCUGCUUGGGUACUGCAUGAGCCCAAACGGGGUGAUUUCAGUGCAGAAGGCCUAUUCGACUGGGAACCAUACUUUGAUGCGGCAAAGAAAGCUGGAGUGUACCUGGUUGCUCGUCCCGGACCAUACAUCAAUGCAGAAGUCUCGGGCGGUGGCUUUCCCGGCUGGCUACAACGCAUUUCAGGCAAUCUUCGAACACCCGAUGCAGACUAUCAAGAAGCCUCUAAAAACUACAUUGAAUCUAUCACACCGAUCAUUGCCAAGGCGCAAAUUACUAAUGGAGGCCCAGUAAUCCUCUUUCAACCGGAGAAUGAGUACACUAUGGGCAUGAACAAUGUGACCUUCCCUGAUGCUGACUACAUGAAUGGUCUCAUGCGUCAAUUCCGAGACCUGGGUAUCGUUGUGCCGUUGAUCAAUAACGUAGCGUUUCCCAACGGUAUCAAUGCACCCGGAACUGAUGCUCCGGUCGACAUCUACGGUCACGAUUCGUAUCCGUUGGGUAUGAACUGCACAGAUCCCACAUAUUGGAUUGAUGAUUCGCUGCCAACAAACUGGAGGGAGCUCCAUUUGAACCAAAGUGCAAGCACACCAUACAUGCUCGUUGAGUAUCAAGGAGGCGCAUUCCAGCCAUGGGGCGGUGAUGGAUUUGAGAAAUGUGCCGAAUUCACGAACCACGAAUUCGAGCGAGUAUUCUAUAAGAAUAAUAUUGCAGCAGGCGCAACAAUCUUCAACGUGUACAUGACCUUUGGUGGCACAAAUUGGGGCAAUCUUGGCCACGCCCAAGGAUACACUAGUUACGACUAUGGUGCCACAAUUACCGAAGAGCGUCAAGUAUAUCGUGAGAAAUACAGUGAGGCGAAGCUUAUUGCUCACUUUGUUCAAUCAUCACCUGCACUGGCAUCGGCGGUACCAGGAUAUAAUACCACUGGUGUGUACGCGGACAACACUGCAAUCACCAUCACGCCACUGUUUAGCGAGAAAACAAGCUUCUACGUCAGCCGUCAAACCAAAUACAACGCCGUUGGCUCCGAGUCCUACAAGCUGAAGCUUCGAACUAGCGCUGGUAAUAUAACUGUACCGCAGCUUGGUGGCAAUCUUUCGAUACACGGCCGGGACAGCAAAAUCCAUGUUGCAGACUAUGAAGUAGGCGAUUUCAAUGUGCUGUAUUCGACCGCCGAGAUCUUCACUUGGAAGAGGUAUGGUAGUCGAACCGUGCUCGUCGUUUAUGGUGGACCAAACGAAAUACACGAACUAGCCGUGUCCGAAACAAGUGGCGGCACUGUAGCUGAAGGGUCGGGGGUGAAUCUGUCGAAUCGAAACGGCAACACCAUACUACAUUGGAGUUCUAGUCCAAAUCGUCGCGUCGUACGCAUUGGGUCCGACCUAUACAUUGUCAUCCUCGACCGUAACUCAGCUUACAACUACUGGACAGUGAAUACACUUGGCGAUGAGGCAUACUCGCACGAGGCAACACCAUCAUCUGAGCUCAUUAUUCAUGCGGGAUAUCUAAUCCGUAAUGCUACUGUCGCGGAAGGAAAGAUCAACCUCGUUGGUGAUGUCAACGUGACAACAACAAUUGAAGUCAUCGGCGGUGCACAUGAAAGCAUCACAGGUCUUACCUUCAACGGUGUCGAUGUAACAGCUAAACUCGACCGCAACGGCUUUCUUAGCGGCGUUGUGGACUUCUCAGUUCCUGCUCUUACCCUGCCUGCAAUGGAUUCGCUUGCGUGGAAAUACAUUGACACGAUGCCAGAGAUCAGCAACUCUUACGAUGACUCACUCUGGACUGAUGCUGAUCAUACCGAGACCAACAACACGUACUGGCCAUUGACAACUCCCACCGUUCUCUGGGGUGCAGAAUAUGGCUAUAAUGGAGGAUCAUUGAUCACAAGAGGCCACUUCACCGCAACAGGCAAUGAAAGCGUGAUUCAUUUGAACGUCUCUGGUGGCAACGCUUUCGCGUUCACAGCGUGGGUCAAUAAGACGUUCAUCGGAUCAUGGCCUGCUACUGGCGAAGCUGCGAUUGCCAACGUUACCAUGAAUAUGCCUAUGCUGAAUCGUGGAGAACACUACGUCCUGACGGUGCUGAGCGACCACAUGGGUCAUAAUGGUAACUGGUUUGCUGGAUAUAACGAGAUGAAAACUCCGCGCGGAAUCAUAGGUUACGAUUUCCCCGGCCACACCGUCUCCUCGUCCAAUGCUUCUCGCGCCAACGAUGGUAUUAAGUGGAAGAUCACCGGCAACCUCGGCGGUGAAGAUUUACGCGAUCGAACGCGUGGUCCCCUGAACGAAGGUGCGCUUUGGGUCGAGCGCAAUGGAUUCCAUCUUCCAUCAGCGCCUACAGCGGAAUGGGCCACAAGCACUGGCCCAGCGAGUGGUCUAUCGCACCCCGGUGUAGGCUUCUACAUAGCAAAUCUUCCUCUUGACAUGCCAUCCGGCUGGGACAUCCCACUAUCCUUUGUCUUCCACGGUGAUGCAUUCAAUGGCCAAGGUAAAGGCUGGCGUGCGCAGCUUUGGGUCAAUGGUUACCACUUUGGAAAGUUUGCAAACGGUGUUGGACCACAGCGCAGGUUCCCAGUACCAGAGGGCAUCUUGAACUAUCAGGGCGACAAUAUGAUUGCUGUUAGUAUUUGGGCACUGGAGGAAGGUGGUGCAAAGCCAGACGGGUUUGAACUGAUUGCCGGUAUGCCGGUGAAGAGUGGGUAUGGUCUGGUUCCGAGGGCACCAAUGUCGAGCUGGGAGAAGAGAGAGGCGGCCUACUAG